CCAGUUGGUUGACGUUCGCAACGGCCGAUUUCCCAUCGCGAGUGCCGUGCGCUUUCUCGGAAAGCCUGAUAAUUUUCUGAAAAUAUGAGUGAAAGCGGCAAAUUUUCGGCCGAAUUUAACCGCUCUUCAAUAAUUUAGUUCGGAAGCCUUCGUUUUUGUAGAGUUUUUUUCGCUUUGGACGUGAAUAUCGCGGGUGAUCGUCGGGAAAAGUAUGGUGUUUUUGUGUGAAAUAAGGUUAUCCACCCACUUUGUUGUGUUGGUUUUGUCCCGUUUCUGAAGUGAAAUAAGUCAAUAAUGCUAAUUUAAGAGUGUUCUUGAUUCAUUGGUGUAAAUUCUUGCAUUGUUAUCUUAUUGUGGAAUAUUCUAGUUCAUUCAUGGAAAGAUGACUCCUGGCGGAUACUCAUAUCACUCAGGAUGGUCGCUUUUACCACUUGGGGUCUUGUUCCUGACGUCCUGUGCGCCGACAUUUUCGAUACAACUUCCGGGCUCCUCGCUGGAUUCCACCCCAGGGCCGCCGUCCCUCACGUCGAGCGCGCCGUCGCUAUCCCUUCCCCACAGGGAGGGAUUCUUCAACGUCACCUCUUACGCAAGACUGACUCCCAUAGCCUUAAAUCAACACAUAGCUUUAAGUUUUAAGUCCUGUGUCGGCGGCCAGCUUUUCACGCAAAGGUCGGCACUGAACAAUCAACAAAUAAUUUUAGAAGUACAUCGAGAGGGUGUGGUUUUCAUUGCAAUCGUUGCCUCUAAACGAUUUGAAACAAGACUGAACGUUAAUUUACUGGACAAUACCUGGCAUACUGUUACGUUAUUGUAUAGAUCUGGAAAUCUCUCUAUAUCAGUUUCUGGUCAUUCUCAGCUAAUUGCCAAUGCAACCUUUAACCCGGAGAUUUUGAAAAUAGCUUUUAACGCGAACGACAACCCAGAAUUUCUAGUCGGAAAAGGCUUUGUGGGAUGCAUUCAAGAAGGGCCAAGCAUAGUUCUGAACUCAACUUCAGUGCAGUCAUUCAACGUCAUUUGGGGACCUUGUAUUAUGGAUGAUGAACCUUGUAACAUAGCAGACCUAUGCGCACUUGAUCCUUGCUUGACGCACGGUGUUUGUUUCCAAAGAGGAGAUCGAUACCUAUGCCAGUGUUCAGCUAGGUAUUCAGGCAACAACUGCGAGAUUGAUAAUGGCUCACCGUGUGCACCUAAUGUCAAUCCAUGUGAAAAUAAUGGCGUUUGUCAAGAAACACCGAGAGGAGACUACAUUUGUCACUGCCCACCUGGAUUUACCGGACAAAAUUGUGAAGAUGAGCUGCUAAUGACAACUUGUGACGAUAAGACCUGCGGCAACAAUGGAUCAUGUCGUUUGGUGCCGGGGAAAAAGAAUUCGUAUGAAUGUGCCUGCCCUCCAGGUAUGAAUUGUAGCGAGACGAACAUUUGUAUGAGCGCACCUUGCUUGAAUGGUGGUACUUGCAAUCCUUACCUUGACAUGUUCAAUUGUACUUGUGCACCAGGCUAUACAGGGGCUCUCUGUGAGUUGAACGUGGAUGAGUGUUCAUCAAAGCCGUGCAUGAACGGUGGAAUCUGUCUGGAUGGCAUCAAUGGCUACCGAUGUAACUGCUCAGAAGAUUUCAUGGGUGCCAACUGUGAGCUCGACUAUAACGUCUGUGCUUUCAACCCCUGCGAAAACAAUGGAACCUGCAUUAAUAAAACAUCCAGAGAUUACGUCUGUGAAUGCAAGAGCGGUUUUGAAGGUCAGAAUUGUGAGAAGAACAUUAACGACUGUUUGCAUGUGGAGUGCCCUGAUAAGAGAGUCUGCGUGGAUCUUGUCAAUAGUUACGAGUGUCGGUGCCCAGACGGUUUCAUCGGCGAAAACUGCUCUGAAAAUAUAAGCCAUUGUAGCAACAGUCCAUGUAAACAUAAUGCCACCUGUGAGGAUACUCCGCACAACUACACUUGUCAUUGUCCACCAGGUUUUGAAGGUCGGCACUGUGAAGCUGACAUCAAUGAAUGUGAAAAAACCAAAGAUAUCUGUAACUAUGGAAUAUGCGUUAAUAACGCAGGAAGUUAUCAGUGCUUCUGCAGGCCUGGAUUCUCUGGCGAUCAUUGCGAUGUUGACUUUGAUGAGUGCUUGUCAAAGCCAUGCUUCAACGGAGCCACUUGCCAAAAUAAAAUCAACGGUUUCAGCUGUAUUUGUACGCCUGGUUACACAGGGAAAGAGUGUAACAUAAACAUCAAUGAAUGUCAAUCAAAUCCUUGCCUCCAUGGAGCAACUUGUAUAGAUGGCAUCGCAGCUUUCACUUGUGCAUGUCCUGUAGGUCUGACUGGAAUAGUGUGUGAAACUAACAUCGAUGAUUGCCAGUCAUCUCCAUGUCUACACAAUGGUGCCUGCAUUGAUGGUAUCAACAGUUAUACAUGCAACUGCUCGGAUACUGGUUAUGAGGGUGCUCAUUGUGAGGUCAACAUCAAUGACUGUAUCAGCAAUCCAUGUGUAAACGGAGCAAAGUGUGUCGAUGGAGUGAAGGACUAUGAUUGCAUCUGCUUUAAUGGUUUCACAGGGAAAAACUGUGAAAUUGAUAUCAAUGAAUGUGAGAGUAAUCCGUGUCAAUUUAAUGGUACCUGCCUGGAGCACUCUGAUAUAGAUUUAUUCGUUGGUCGUCACCCCACAACGCCCCCGCCGAUGAUGGGAACUUUACCGCUGCCAAAAUUCUUCCACCAAGAUUUCAAUUACUCCAUUGCUAGUGGUUAUGAGUGUGUAUGUGUCCCUGGUGUCAUGGGCACAAACUGUGAGAUUAAUAUCCAGGAAUGCGACAGUAAUCCCUGUCUUCAUGGUGUCUGUCAAGAUCAGAUCGGUGGCUAUAUUUGCGAAUGCGAGGACGGUUUUGAAGGACUUCAUUGUGAAACGGAUAUUAAUGAAUGUGAAAAAUACAAACCAUGUGUGCACGGUGUUUGUAUCGACAAAAGGGCAAACUAUUUCUGUGAAUGCCCUCCGCAAUAUGGAGGCAAGAACUGCUCUGUUGAGCUUGUAGGUUGCAAUGAGCCGAAUGCUUGUCUAAAUAAUGGAACUUGUAAACCUUACUUGGACAAUGAAACUGAGCACAAAUUCAACUGCACCUGCCCGUAUGGAUUCCAUGGUCAAAUUUGUGAAAAGGUCACAACAAUGUCUUUGAGUGGCAACUCGUAUAUAAUGGUGAAUACAUCAAGAGACGAAGGCUACGAUAUUUCCUUCCGCUUUAAAACCACCUUACCAAGUGGUCUCCUUGCGUUGGGAAGCGGACCCACUUAUUACAUUUUAAAACUGGCACAAGGAAGGCUGAAUCUUCACUCGAGUUUACUGAACAAGUGGGAGGGUGUUUUCAUCGGAUCUCAACUGAAUGACAGCAACUGGCACAAAGUUUUUGUCGCUAUCAAUGCAUCCCAUCUUGUUCUAUCAGCCAAUGAGGAGCAAACUAUUUAUCCCAUCAAUUUGAAUGAGGGUGCAACUGCUGCACACACUAGCUUCCCGACAACUUAUGUUGGCGGCACAACAUCGAACUUGCGCAUUUUUACACAUGGACCAACAUCUUUCAUAGGCUGCACUCAGAAUAUCAUCAUCAACGGCCAAUGGGUUGUUCCUGGUGACAAGACUAACACCGCUGCACAAUUUUUCGAUAUCGAAGUUGGAUGUCCUAGAAGGGAUCAGUGUAAUCCAAAUCCAUGUCAGAACUCAGGGCACUGUAUUGAUGCCUGGAGCAGAUUCAAUUGCACUUGUGAGAGACCAUUCCUUGGAAACACUUGCCAAUACAAUUACACUGCAGCUACGUUUGGUCACGAAAACUCAACAGGAAGCAUUGUGAGUGUUGCAGUAGCAUCAACUGCUCGAAGAGCCAUUCGAACCAUCGUUGACAUCUCCAUGUUCAUCCGAACCAGACAAGCAAAGGGCGCUAUCUUCUAUCUGGGCUCAUCGCCUGGUACUGUUUCGUUCUCUGAUGAAACCCACAUUGCUGCUGAGCUGGAAGGUGGUGAGCUCUUAGUUCGAAUCCAGUUAAGUGGCUCUCAAGAAUCAUACACGGUUGGUGGAGUCAAGUUGGACGAUGGACAUAAUCAUUUGAUUCAAGUUGUUCGUAAUGUCACUCUGGUGCAAGUGAAGAUCAACGGAACUGAGUACUUCAGAAAAACAAUUAGCGCUACUGGCCAGUUAGAUGCUCAGGUUUUGCUUCUUGGUGGAAUGCCUCACUUGCGCUCCUCUCCUACCCCGGUAAGACAGACAAGAAAUGUGGAUAGAUCAGUGCGACAAGCUUCUGACACAGUAUCACCAUUCAAAGGAAUCAUUCAAGAUGUGCAGAUAAACAACGGAAUAACAACAAUGGUGGUAGAAUUCUUCCCUCUGAGAGUGAGUGAUGUGAAAAUCCCUGCCUCGUUUGGGAAUGUGACGUUUGACUCCAUGGCUGUCUUGCAGGGCGUUAUAUCAGAUGAUUCCUGUGCAUCAAAUCCCUGUGCGAAUGAAGGAGAAUGUACCGUAACUUGGAAUGAUUUCAGUUGCUCAUGCCCAGUUGGUUACAAAGGUAAAACCUGUCAAGAAAUGGAAUUCUGUCAGCUGCAAGACUGUCCUUUGGACAGUGAAUGUCAUAACUUGCAUCACGGAUUUGAGUGUGUCGCUAACUUGACUCUCGAUGGAAGUGGUAACACGUCAUUGCAAUAUACUUUAUCUCGCGGCGAGCAGUCUGUCCCAUUAAAUUCAAUCGAGUUCUCCUACCGCAGUCGCUAUGGAGGAAUGAUUUUACACAUCUCUAACUCUUUGAAUGUCUACAAUUCAGACCGCAUCUACUUUUCCAUCUAUGUAUUCAAGGAUCAGAUCUCUGUGGCCUGGAAAUUGGACCCGAAUAGUAGUCGUGAAGUUCGAAAAUUCGGCAAAGAAAAAGCAGACGGAGGGUGGACAUCUGUCAUUCUCAAAAUUGGCAACAAUAGUAUCCAAGGCGGUUUCAUCGAGAGCUCUGACGAACCCGGUCUCUCUUUCCCACCUACAAAUUUCUCCAGCAGCCAGUGGGAAAAUCUCUUAAUUAAUGGUUUCGUCAUGGUCGGAGGUGGUGAAACGGGUGUUUCAGAUAGGAAUAGUUACAUUACAGAAGAUGGUGACAGUACAAACCAUGUCGACUUUUCAUUCCCAGAAAUGGCAAUGUCAUCUGUCGAGAAGUAUCACUAUAAAAUGUCCAGUGGAUAUUACAAAGGCUGCAUCGGGGAGAUCCGAAUUGGUGGGCUGCUCCUUCCAUACUUCACCCCGAAACAACUUAACUCCUCUUAUUUCAACCUGCGAGACUAUUUCUCCCUGACAACCUAUGAUGACAGUGAGCCAGACGUAGAAUUAGGCUGUUACCUCUGCUCCCCCUCAGAAUGCUUGAAUGGAGGCAAGUGCACUAACAUUGUUGAGUCUUACAACUGUGAUUGUCCACCAGGUUACGAAGGAGAUGACUGCUCCGUCAAUAUCGAUGAAUGUGCCAACAGUGGUUGUAAAAACAGUGCCACUUGCGUUGAUGGUAUUGCUAACUACACCUGUAUCUGCCCACCAGGUUGGGAAGGAUGGCUCUGUGACUCAGAAAUUAACGAGUGUGAGUCAAAUCCCUGCCUCAAUGGGGGCACUUGUCUUGAUUUUGUCGGCUAUUUUGAUUGUUCUUGUACGCCAAAGUUUGUUGGCAAGAUCUGUGAUCAGUUAAAGCAAGUCACAUGUUCUAAUGCCCCAUGCAGAAAUGGCUCCACUUGUAUAGAUGUGAAAAAUCCAGAAACUAGCGAUAAUUUCACCUGCAGCUGUGCGGAAGGCUACGUCGGAACUUACUGUGACAUUCCAUACUGUAUGCAAGAGCCUUGCAAGAACGGCGGAGCAUGUUUCACAAAUCGUCCAGUGCCAUUCUGCGAAUGCGCACCUGGGUUCAGGGGUGAGCUGUGCGAUGAGAAUAUUGACGAUUGUGAGAACAGUCCAUGCAAGAAUAGUGGUCACUGUAUAGAUGGCAUAGAUUCUUUCUCCUGCAACUGCACAGGAACAGGUUAUGAAGGUGCCACCUGCGAAAUUGAUAUCAAUGAAUGCAUGUUGUUGACAGUCAAGUGUGGAGAGAAAGGCAAGUGCGUAAAUGAAAAUGGUGGCUAUCAUUGUGAGUGCGAUGUCAAUGAUUGUGGUUACAAUUGUGAGAUGGCCAAUCCGUGUGCAGAGUUCAAUCCUUGUCAAAAUGGCGGAACCUGUGAGCCAGUCUGUAUUGAUAUCUCCGACUAUAAAUGCAUCUGCCCACCUGGACAUGCAGGUAAAAACUGCACAGAGUCUCCUGAGUAUAGUGCAUCAAACUUCUCUGAUAUUGCCAUUAUCAUCGGACCAAUUUUAGCAAUUUUGAUAAUAGCUACAGCAAUUAGUCUGACAGUGUUUGUAAUGAUGGCUCGGAAAAAGCGAGCAAUGAGAGGCACAUACAGCCCAAGCUCACAAGAGUAUUGCAAUCCUCGCGUUGAGCUAGAUAAUGUCAUGAAACCUCCACCAGAAGAACGGUUGAUUUAAGUCCUCUUUCGGCUGAAUUUGUUAUUUAUAAUUUGUGAUCUUUCCCAAGUUUUUAUAUCCUCAGUCAAAGUUUGGAGGAGUUCAAAUAUUUAUAUUACAGAACGCGGGUCGUAACUUCAUCUCAUCUUGUGAUAGAAAGUUAGAAGUACUUAAUUACCUUAAUUUUUUUUUGUACAUUGUGUUUAAAUUUUUCUGGAUUUUUCCCAUUUUUGUAAAUAACCAGGCAAGUGUGGUGCAUGCAGACGUAAAAUUUAUGCGGAUCAAAGAAUUGAUCAAUGAAUGAAUGAAUGAUUAAGCUGUGUUUUUCUGUAAAUUAUAAAUUUUUCCUUAUUUUUAUGUGUUAAACUGUACGAAAUUAGGUUUUAAGAUUUUCGUACUGAACAGCGUUUUUUUAGAGGGAGGCUUUUCAUGUACAUAUAAAUUCAGCAGCAUUUCAUAAAUGCAAGUGUUAACUUUUAUUGUGAACAAAUAUUUUGAGAUCAAAGAUGCUAAGUCAAAAUGUCUCAAUUAUGUACAUAGAUGGUGUUUUUGUACUUAUCAUUUUGUUUUUAGUGCAGAGUUAAGUGACAGAGUCACAAUUUGGCAAAAUGCAAAUGGUCGUUCUUUGUUCCAAUUUCAUUUCAAUCAACUGCCAAAAGCGUGCUCUCUUAGUUUCAGAGAUUUUGCUCAAUUUUAAUUACAAGAGUGGAGGCAUUUAUCAUUACUGUCGUUUGUUAAAUUCUCUUGGACAUUAACAUCGAACAAUUGAAAUCCUCCAUUAUUUUACACUUUAAACAAACAUUACUCAGAUUUUCUGAGCUUUGAGUUUCUGAUGAGUAUGAAUCUUGGCAAAAUAAUAGUCCAAUAGAUUUAAUGAGCAUCCAUUAGUGGUGGAAUGUAAGCACAGCUCAUCUAAUGUGAAGUUCAUGAUCAUUGUAAAGCCAUUUUAUCCAAUCUGUUUCACUGAAGCAAUCAUGCACCAUUAAUUUUCCUUGUCCUGUUGCCUUUUCUGAGUUGACUAGAAGUCAAUGAUUCUGAACUUGUACUGAAGGUGGAAGUGGCCACAAGCAAGAACUACUUUUGGUGCACGAACGACUUGUAUGUCUCCAAUUUCUUUGACAUGCAAUAAAAAAUCAAAGCAUCAUGGUCACUUAAAAAUUUCCCUUUUUAUUCAAUGUGCGAGAGGUUUUAAAAUUGAACAGACUUGAAAAUGUAAAAUUUGCCAAAUGUCAUUGAUCCGAAUUGCCUCUAGCAUUUACAGCACUAUGGUUUUUUUUUUUUUACCUGUAAGAUUAUAUUUACUCCACUUUCCCCUCAAGCUUUAAAAAAGGAGAUUCGUCAAUUUUAGAAACUUGAUGAAGUUUUAUGAUCGUGACUGAUUUUAGGAUCAUCCCACUUUCUCUUAAUAAGCUAUGUUAAUUGCUCUGUCUGUCAAUUACAAUAAUUAAUGAAGCCACAGGCUGAGGAAGUAUUUCUUUUUGGGCAGCUCUGUGCUAUAUAGCGCAACCUUUUUUACAGCGCAACCGAAAUGUAGAUGGGCUUUACCUUUCAAGGCCAUUAGUUGGGUCCGGUCUCAUAGGUAUGCCUUUGAUCACCGAUUUAGAAAUGUAUUUUUUUUAAAUUAGCUGAGAAUAAUUCCAAAAUCACUGCCAAACACUUUUUGAAUGUUCUCUCGGGAAAUGCUUUUACACCUUUCCCAAAAGAAUUACAUCUGUUCCUUUUAACUUGAUCAAAAAUUUUAAAUAUUCCAUAAUUUGAUUUGUAUUUAUCUUGGUAAAAAUUUUACCUUCUUCACUGCUGCUCUAGUUCUUCAGUUGAGGUUUACGCCAUACAAAACUUUAUUCAUGAAGAGAAAGUACAACAAUGGGACACUAGAUAAGUUACAAAUGAAAGCACUGUGUUACAGAUUCUUUCUUCACAUUAUUAUUCAGCAAAAUAUUUACACAACGAAGAGUUUGUAAAUCAACUCCCAAGGAAGGUGCGUAUAAUGAGUUAAAAUUAUCAAUUUUUAUAUAGUUGAAAUAUAAAUAACAACAUUAAUACGCCUUGUCUACCAUACAAUUAGUGUUUAGUGCACAAAAUAAUGUAUCGCUAAGGAGUUAAUCUCAAAAUUUGCUGCUGCAUGAAUUCCUUUUCCUCUAAAAUUUUGAAGAGGAGAAAUUUAACGCGGUGGUUUAGUUUGUACCUUAUCAGUCACCAGCUUUUUAAUCAGAAUGCCAAAGAUGGCAGAGAAAUUGUUGAAUACUCCCUCCAAUAAUUAAAAAGACUUCCAUUUUUUACUCAUUUCGGUUAAGCCGGCAAAAUGACAUAAUUUCCUCUGCCAAGUAUUGCUUUACUGAUUUUAUUUUGUGUAUUCAAUUUCUUCAAAUUGAAUGCAAAACUUAAUUUAUUAGUAGUUCUCCAUUGAAAGCCAACAAAACCCAAUUUUUCUGAGGUGAAAGCCUCUCCUCUUAUGUUCCCAGCAAUUAAUGCUGUUGGAAAUAUGAAUUCGAUUGUAUUUAAAAUUGUGUACAUAAAGAAUAAAUGAUUAAUUUAGAUCAAUAAAUAAUUUGAUUGUGAGCAAAUCACUCUUCUCUAUAGAUUGUCCCAAGCGGAUUCCAUAUUUUAGCAAUUGUACAUACUUUUUUUUGUUAUUUAUUUUCCAAGAAAUCUUUCUGAAUCAACUUCUGCUGUAAUAACUGUAUUUUCUUUUGUAAAAUUUCUGCAUUAAUGUGUUUUGUGAUAUAGAAAUAGCCAUAUGAAUGAAGUAUGUGCCUUUUUGAUAGACUUAAGUUAUUUUACUUUUAGAUUAACCAUUGACAUUGGAAAACCCGAAAUGUAUGGAGAUUCUCCAAACAUUUUAUCUUGUAAGAUAAUGCAUUUUUUUCAGUCUGCAGCAACUAUUUACUUUUUAUCCCUUCUGGUGGAAUAAAUUUUUAGAUUCUUAGAUGAGGAAUGAAAUUAUCGGUCAAGCAGCUCUCCCUACUUGUUUUAGAUGUGGUUGCCUUGAGAGAUUUUCAAGUGACCCCCAUUACUAAAUAUGAAAUCCUAACUGUAACUGUACGUGCUCGGUUCUAAAGCAUGAACGUAAUGUACCAUCAAAAAUAUAAAAAAGUAUAUUCCGCAUCUGUCGAUGCAAACUGAGCAACAUUGAAAGAACAUUAUCUCCUCAGAUAUCUCAUAUAAUAUUGUUAUCUUAUUUUUUGCUGAACAAGCUAUCGAUGACCAAGUCCGGAACCACGUAUCUCCUCCUGCAGACUUUCUUUCAUACUUUAUUUUUUCCUUGAGAAACAAGUGAAAGUAAUAUCUGAAAACUUACCUGAUUUUUAUUCUCUUGUAAAAUUCAAGCUAUUUCAUUGGCUCUUUUCUCUUCGAAAAAGUAAAAUAGGAACAAAAAUUUUGAAACUUCGCAAUGAAGAUAUGAGGUUCUGCACUCAGAUCAUCAUUAUAUUUUACCUCUUAGCCUGCUUGAUUAUAUUUUUUCCUCUCCUCUCAGAUGUUACAAAACGUCUAACUUCAGUUCUUGGAUGAUAAAUUGAAGAACCUUUGAACCUAAAUUCAUUGGAAGUCUUGAAUAUGUCCUUAUUUUAUUUCUCUUUUGAGAUGUAAUAUUUUCAUGUGUACAAUUGUAAUUUUUGUAACAUAAUGGCAUAAUGAUGUACACCACUAGUAACGUACCAGAUCAAGUUUACCGUUAAUGUACUUUUUUUAUCUCCUAGCUUAAAACAGCUCAUUUCUAAAAUUUUCUCUGAAAUAUGUAUGACAAUAUUUGUAAAUGAAAUCAUGAUUUUUAAUUUGAUCUAGAAACUCCAGAUUUCACCUACUUACAGUUGUUUGCACCUUGGGGCCUCCUUUUUAUUAUUUAUAUUUUUAUUUUUUUAAUUUAAAAACAGAAAAAAAGAAUUUGGGUUCCUGCGCCUAUUAUUGGAAAUUUCCAGGAAGCUAUUUCUUCAAUUUGGCUGGCCCUUUUAAAAAGAAAAACAACAAACCCCUUCUCUUUUGAAGAUUAAUGUUCGUAUGCAAGCAUUCUUGUCUUCAUCUAUAAAAUGAACAUCUUAAUAAGUUCAGUCCAAUUGCAUUUUUGUUUCCUCUGUAAAAAGGAUAUUACAGAGAGCUUUAAUUUAUCCAAUGUUGAGAUCAGUCAGCAAUAUCUUGUGCCUUUUUUCAAAUAAUUCCCCAUGGUCCUCAAAAGACUUUGUUCAGAGGUGGCUGCUGCCACACAUAAUUUAGCAAAUUUCUAUUGAUUUUUUUUUGCAUGAAUGCAGUAACUCAAGUACUUACAAUGUUAUUAUUAAUUUGAUAAUCAUAUGAGAUGUAAGGUGAAAGAAUUCACCUCAAUUAAGUUUAUACUGAUCAACAAUAUUCUUAAUUCAUAAUUGACGCAUAUUUUUCCUCUCGUCCAACUAAUGUGAAGUUUGCGCUGCAAUUUAUUGUUCUUGUUUUCAGAUUAUUUUAAAAAAGAGGUGUUUACAGGAAAAAAUAAUUAUAUACUCUUUUGUUAAUCUCUUUGUACAUAGCUGCCAUUUUGAGGCUCCCUAUGGCUAUUUUAAAUUAAUAGUUCUCUAGAGAGUCCUAUUUUGUUGUGCUAAGGAAGAACGCCUUAAGAGCAUUCGAGAGUUGCCAUAUUUCCCUGAAUAUAAUAGGUCUUUUGAGGAAAGUUACGUUUUUCUUUCCUUGAAGUUUUCAAAGAUUUAAUUACAUUGGCAACAUAGUUGGCUAAAAAAUUUGAAGCAAAAUAUUCACGAUUUUCCCCGUAAAUUCGGUUUUUAUUGAAGGGUACAUGGCAACAUCUGCAGACUCAUACAGUGUUCUUCCUUAGCAUGGCAAUAUUUUCAACCACCCAAAGGUAUUUUGUUAUAGACAUUUUAAAGUUUAAUUUGUAACAAUGUUAAAUUUUAUUGAUCUUGGCAUCUAUAAAAAAUUACAAAUUUUUGUUUUGUAUCAUCCGUGUUAAUACUCGUAACCCUACAGGGCCCUGAAAUAUUUUUAUUGCAUGAUUUUAAGUGUGCACCUUACCUUUAGAACAUUUCGUGAAUCAGAAAUGUAAAGAAAGUAGUUCAUAUUCUGUUGCCUCAUUUUCGAAGUAUCAGCGUUUUUAUGGGCCUUCCUUUCAUUUCAUUAAUUUGUUGCAGCUGUAGUUUAUCAAAGUUUGAAAUAUUGUAAUUUUUGCAAAUCAGCAAGACUAACUGUGAUGCAUUCUUAGCAUACUCGUGUUCGAGUAACUUAAGUUGGUAAAUUUUAAUCAUAAAUAAAAAAGAUGUUCUUAAGUCUGUAACGUCCGUCCAUUUAAGGUAGCUACUGUAAUCAAUUUCGAGCUUAUAAGACACCAACGUAGCGGUGUCUCCUAUUUUUAUUACUUUAAAUGUUCGAAAAUUUGUCCAUGUAAGUAAUCUGUUAAAAUUUAUUCAGUCUAAUUUUAAUCAGAGUUUUUUUAGAUAACUUUUUUUACAUCUGAUGAAAAGAUUGAUUCCAAGCCUACACGAAUAAAGCAAACUAUUUUUCAAUUUUAA